CCCCGCCCGUUCCGCGGGGAUGGAGCGGCGCUUCCGGCGGGCGCGGAGCGAGGGACGGCCCGGCCGGAGCCGCGUGUGAGCAGCGCCGAGGCUGUGGGAGCCCGGCCCCGGCCCCCGCCCGGCGCCCUCCGCCCGCAGGAUGUUCAAAAAAUUUGAUGAAAAGGAGAAUGUAUCGAACUGUAUCCAGCUGAAGACUUCAGUUAUUAAAGGUAUCAAGAAUCAACUGAUAGACCAGUUUCCUGUUAUUGAACCAUGGCUAAACCAAAUCAUGCCAAAGAAAGACCCGGUUAAAAUAGUAAGAUGUCAUGAACAUAUAGAAAUCCUCACUGUGAAUGGGGAGUUGCUGUUCUUCAGGCAAAGAGAAGGGAUUUUUUACCCCACGCUAAGGUUGCUUCACAAAUACCCAUUUAUUCUACCACAUCAGCAGGUUGAUAAAGGUGCCAUUAAAUUUGUCCUAAGUGGAGCCAACAUAAUGUGCCCUGGCCUGACGUCUCCUGGAGCAAAGCUUUACCCUGCUGCUGUCGAUACUGUCGUUGCAAUAAUGGCAGAGGGAAAACAACAUGCAUUAUGUGUGGGAGUAAUGAAGAUGUCAGCUGAGGACAUUGAGAAGGUCAACAAAGGGAUUGGUAUUGAAAAUAUCCACUAUUUAAAUGAUGGCCUUUGGCAUAUGAAGACAUACAAAUGAAACAAAAGGAACUGUUACUCCAAAGGAAUGCACUUAGAUUAAAUGUGGACUGCUUUGUAAUUCCUUGUUUUUAAUGUGACUGAAUGUACAAAUUAUUUUGUUCUGUGGCUAUGCUAAAUAAAUCACGUGAAUGCAAAAGUACUGUUAGGCUACAAUAGUUUUCUAGAUUUCUUUUUAUUACAGUUAUUUUGUUUUGUCUUAAACCCAAGUCUUCAGUGACUGAAGAUACCUGGUGGAAAGAUUCUGCAUGGACUGUGAGUAGACUAUUUCAAACAGAAAGGAGGAAAAAGCCAAGAAAUGUUUACAUUUUUGUGCUCUUCUAAAAGAAUAAUAUAAAGUGUAUGUGAAAUAUAAAUACAGUUUUUAAAACCUCUGAAACAUUUCAGAUUUUUUCUUCUGAUUAACAUCUUGUUAGUCUACAUGUUUCUGGAAUGUGGAGAAAUCAUUUUUUUUGACAUUAUUUUUUAACUUAUUAACAGCAUUAACUUCAUUUUACUUAAGGAUUUUCUCUUUUUUAAUAUGCAUUUAUCUGUAUAGGAUUUAUGAAUUUAGACUGAUAUGUGGACUAGAAACUCUUUUAUGCUGGUUCAUAUCUGAAGACUAUAGCUAUGUUCAGAUUUCUACCUGCCAACACUUUGAGAUUGCUCUCCUUGUAGUGGAGUUUAUAGUAAUGGUGGGCAGGCUCCAAAGGGAGCGUGUGCCACCCCGGUGCCUGACGCUCUCUACUCCCUGUUUGCAGCCUUAUUUUAGGAGCAGAAGCAAAAUCGCUGUUAGAUAAAGGCAUGAUAGGAAACCAUGGUUAUCAGUGUAGCCAGGAGCAGCUUCUUCAGGUGGAACUUCAAGAGAUCUCAGCUUGUGCACACUGCCACACGUACCUGCAGCUACGGAAUGGGUUCAGGAGCACUGUGUGUUUGUCUGGAUAACCCAACCCUUUGGUCAGCAACUGCAUACCCAAAGCUAUGCCUAUGGAAAAAUGGAAUCAUGUAAUAAACUAAGGAAACCUUAAGGUCUACCACUCAUAA